GACUGACAAGCGCUGGCUAAAUUGGCUAAAAUCACAACAACAAAAACACCUGAACACGGGGUUUAAAAUUUCCCAAGUCACCGAUUUCUCGUCAGCCGCCUUUGAAUUCGUCCACAGUCGGUCGACUCGACUCGUGCAGUUCUUAAAAGUUCAAGUUUCUCGUUGUAGAGAAAGUCCUCUUACCUUCUAAAAUGACCGACCCGGCCGCCGGCUACAGGCUGAGCAACGUCCUGCUCGGACACACCGGCGACGUGCGAGGCGUCGCCGUCACCCUAGACGGAAGUCUGCUGUCCGCCUCCAGGGACAAAACGGCCAAAUUGUGGACGCUCGACAGCUUCCACCCGAUGGCUGCGAGAACCUACAAGGGCCACACCAACUAUGUAUCCUGUGUUUGUGCAAUGCCCCCGAACGAGGCUUACCCUGAAGGACUGGUCUUGAGUGGCAGCAACGAUCACACAAUUUGUGCCUUCCACCCAGUGACAGAAGACUUGCUUUUCAAAUUGGAGGGACACACUAAUGUUGUUUGCUGCAUGAACGUCACUAGCGACGGUCGUCUGAUAAGUGCUUCCUGGGACAGCACUGCCAGAGUGUGGACUGGUCAGACAGAGAGCCUCAAACUGGAGGGCCACACUGCCUCUGUGUGGAGCGUAAUUGAACUGCCGGACAGCAAACUGUUAGUGACCGCCUCUGCGGACAAAUCCAUCAAGGUCUGGGAAGGAUCCACGUGCCAGCAAACGUUGAAUGGUCACGAAGACUGCGUUAGAGGCCUAGCAGGUGUUUCACCCAAUGAGUUCCUGUCCUGUGCAAAUGACGCCACGGUCCGCAUGUGGACGGUCAAUGGUGAUUGUCUUGGCGUCUUCUAUGGUCACAGCAACUUCAUCUACAGCAUCGUCCUCUUGCCCGACAAAAGCGGUUUCGUCACUUCAGCAGAGGACUCGUCAGUCAGGGUGUGGAACUCGGAUGGAGAAUGUCAGCAAGUGAUUCAGUUCCAGUGCCAGAGCAUUUGGGCCGUGACUGCCCUUCCAAAUGGCGAUGUGGCCACUGGCUGCAGUGACAGUGUUGUCCGGGUUUUCAGCAAAGACCCUGCUAGACAAGCUGAUUCCGAUGAGCUGGCUAAGUUUGACGAAGAGGUGGCCAACUUCGGAAAGAGCAAAAACGAUGAUCUUGGUGAAAUCAAAGUCAACGAUCUUCCUACUAUGGCUGCUCUUUUGGCACCUGGAAGCAGAGAUGGACAGACAAAAUUGAUUAGGGAAGGCGGGGAGGUUAUUUGCUACAGUUGGUCUGCAGAGCAAAACCAGUGGAUUAAAAUUGGACCCGUCGUCGGAGCAAAAAAGCCAACUGAGGGGCGCAGCAUGUUUGAAGGACAGGAAUAUGACUUUGUGUUCAGUGUGGACGUGGAAGAGGGAAAACCGCCACUGAACCUGCCCUUCAACAAAACAGACGACCCUUACACAGCUGCCCAAGCAUUCAUCCACAAGCACAACCUGAGCCAGUACUACUUGGAUACUAUUGCCACCUUUAUCAUCAAAAACGCGGGCAUGGAAAAUUUGGCACCCGCGCCUCAGGGAACAUUCAUUGACCCCUUCACAGGUGGCAAUCGUUACGUCCCAAAUUCUUCAACUGCGACUGGACCUACCUCUGCCAAUCCAGACCCUUUCACAGGUGGAAGCAGCUACACAAGCGCUGCUGCAAAGAAAGAGGUUGCAGACACGGCUGCAGCUCCAACCUCUCAAGUUCAAUACCAUUUGUUUGAACAGGGAAAAGUCGAAGUCAUAGCUAACAAAAUUCUUGAGUUCAACCAAGCGAGUGCUGUGCCGUACAAUGAUGAAAAAAUCAACAAAGUAGUCGCCCUCCACAAUCCUACUGUAUCAGCAGAUGAGGAUUCAAUCAGAAGUCUUCAGCUGCUCCUUACGUGGGAUAAAGAAAAACUUUUCCCAGUUCUUGAUCUUCUGCGCUUAGCCCUUCGCAACAAAGCUGUCAAUGAUUCAAUCUGCUCUGGCCCCUUUGCUGAAAUUUUCAUUGAAAAUGUUCUUCGAUCCUGCCUGACAAACCAAGCUCCAGAACUGACUCGUCUAACUGCUUUGAGAGUUGUGACAAACAUGGUUGGUCUGCCUGCGGGUGAAAAAUUGGCCCAGGACAAUGCUGAGUUCUUACUCAACUGCGCAACCCAACUGACCCUGCCCAAGGACAACCCAAAUCCCAGACAGCAAGUUGCCGUGGCCACUGUGCUUUUCAACUUUUCAGUUGCAUACCUCCGAGGACAAGCUGAUCUGCAGAAAAUUGUUUUUCCCUUGGCUCUCACCAUUUUGCCUCGUCUGUCUGACAUGGAAGCCAAGAACAGAAUGCUCAGGACGAUUUCAAAUUUCCUCAGCAAAUCAAACCCAGCCAUGUUUUCUCAGGCUGCUGAUAAGAAAUUGGCGGAUGAACUUGCAAUUUUGAUUGCAGAACCAAAAACAUCGGAAGUCGCAAGUCAUUUGCUUUCUAUUUUGCCUUAAUAUUUUAGUUUUCACGCAAAGUCUCAAGGUUAUUUGGUGAUAUAAAGAAUGAAAAAUAAAUUAUGAACUCAAUACUUGUCGCA